AUGGCAAUAGCACCAGCAUACCAAGCAAAUCUUCUAACAUCACCAGAAUGGCUAAACAAAGGAGACAACGCAUGGCAGAUGACAGCAGCAACACUCGUAGGUCUUCAAAGCAUGCCAGGUCUCGUGAUUCUCUACGCCAGCAUAGUGAAAAAGAAAUGGGCUGUGAAUUCAGCUUUCAUGGCACUUUAUGCUUUUGCGGCAGUUUUAAUCUGUUGGGUUCUUGUUGCUUACAGAAUGGCUUUUGGAGAGAAGCUGUUACCGUUUUGGGGGAAAGGAGCACCAGCUUUAGGACAGAAGUUUCUUGUUAGAAGAGCAAGAGUACCUGCGAGUACUCAUUUUCAUAAGAAUGGUGAUGUUGAAUCAGCUAUGGAAGAACCGUUUUUUCCUAUGGCUUCGCUUGUUUAUUUUCAGUUCACUUUUGCGGCUAUUACCAUGAUUUUAUUGGCGGGUUCGGUUCUUGGGAGGAUGAAUAUUAAAGCUUGGAUGGCUUUUGUUCCUCUUUGGCUGGUUUUUUCUUAUACUGUUGGAGCUUUUAGUCUUUGGGGUGGUGGGUUUCUUUAUCAGUGGGGUGUUAUUGAUUACUCUGGUGGAUAUGUUAUUCAUCUAUCUUCUGGAAUCGCUGGUUUCACUGCUGCUUAUUGGGUUGGGCCAAGGAUAAAGAGUGAUAGGGAACGGUUUCCACCAAACAAUGUGUUGCUGAUGCUUGCAGGAGCUGGAUUGUUAUGGAUGGGGUGGUCGGGGUUCAACGGUGGAGCACCAUAUGCAGCGAAUGUUGUAGCUUCGAUUGCUGUGUUGAACACAAACAUUUGUGCAGCAACUAGUCUUCUUGUUUGGACAACUCUUGAUGUUGUUUUCUUUGGGAAGCCUUCUGUGAUUGGAGCUGUUCAGGGUAUGAUGACUGGACUUGUGUGUAUCACACCAGGAGCAGGUCUUGUGCAAUCGUGGGCAGCUAUUGUGAUGGGAAUACUAUCCGGGAGCAUUCCAUGGGUAUCCAUGAUGAUCUUGCAUAAAAAAUCAAGUCUUCUACAAAAGGUUGACGACACUCUUGGAGUAUUUCACACACAUGCUGUGGCUGGCCUAUUGGGCGGCCUCCUCACCGGACUCUUCGCCGAGCCGGCCCUAUGUCGACUACUAUUGCCGGUGACCAAUUCAAGAGGUGCAUUCUAUGGCGGAAGUGGUGGUGUACAAUUUCUAAAGCAAUUAGUGGCAGCCAUGUUUGUUAUUGGAUGGAACAUAGUCUCCACCACAAUCAUCCUCCUUGUCAUACAAUUGUUCAUACCUUUGAGAAUGCCCGAAGAGCAGCUCGAAAUCGGUGACGAUGCGGCUCACGGCGAGGAAGCUUAUGCUCUUUGGGGUGAUGGAGAAAAAUAUGAUCCAACUAGGCAUGGUUCAUUAAAUACCGGAACCACUGGAGUUUCACCUUAUGUUAAUGGUGCAAGAGGUGUGACAAUAAAUUUGUGA